GUGGAUGAUGGUUCUGAGGUUCUCCAGGACUUUCUUCAGUGGUGUGAUGCAGUUGGUGUGCUUCUUAAUAAGAAGGUGUACGUGAGUAAAGAGGAAACUGUAGCAGAUUAUGGGAUGCUGGCCAAAGACAACAUAGCAGAAGGAGAAGUUUUAUUCACAAUCCCCAGGUCUGCUCUUCUCCACCAAGGAACUACAAAAGUUUCCUCAGUGUUGAGAAAAGAGAGCUCAUCCCUGGAAAGCUCCUCUGGCUGGGUUCCUCUGCUGCUGGCUCUGCUGUAUGAAUAUACUUCUUCACAGUCCCACUGGAAACCAUACCUGUCUCUGUGGUCUGACUUCUCAAAGCUAGAUCAUCCCAUGUUCUGGUCUAAAGAAGAGCGAGACAGACAACUGAGAGGAACAGGUAUCCCAGAGGCCGUGGACAUGGACCUUUCCAACAUCCACCAGGAGUAUACAGAAAUAGUCCUACCUUUUAUGGUCAGACAUCCUGACCUAUGGAACCCUGAAACACACACACUGGAGCUGUACACACACCUGGUGGCCUUUGUCAUGGCCUACAGCUUCCAGGAGCCAAAGGAAGAAGAUGAUGAGGAAGAUAAGAAGGCCUCCAGUCCUCCAUUGAUGGUUCCCAUGGCAGACAUGCUGAACCACGUGUCCAACCACAAUGCUAAUCUGGAGUUUACUCCUGACAGUCUGAGGAUGGUUUCUGUGCGUGGCAUCAAUAAAGGUGAGGAGGUGUUUAACACCUAUGGCCAGGUGGCUAACUGGCAACUUCUUCACAUGUACGGCUUCACAGAGUCAUAUCUAAGCAACAGCAACGACACUGCAGACAUCCCUGUUUCCUGCCUCUACAAAGCUGCCAAACAAGAAGCUCAGUGUGAUUCAGAGCAGGAGCUGGUGGAGGAGCGGUGGGAGGUGCUCUGUCAGAUGAUGGAGGAGAAUGGAACCAUGGUCUUCAGUAAACAUGGCUGCCUCACUGACUCGGAGCUGCACACUGCACUGAAGGUGUUGUGUCUGUCCAAAGAAGAGCUGUCUGAGUUCAAAGACAAUGAAGGAUGGGAGGAAGAUCAUGGAGAGGAUGACGAUUCUCAGGCGUUCUCCAUCGAAGCUCUUUCCAAAUUAGAGGUUUCAUGGAAACGACUGAUUCAUGAAGCAGCUCGGCUCACGCUGAUGUCAUACGGAGACGGGGAAACAGAGGAAACACUGGUGGAGCGAGACAGAGAGCUGAUGGAAGACGAAGCAGCCUUUGACAGACUGAGCAGCAGGCAGAAGAGGGCGCUGCAGGUCCGCUUUGGACAGAAGAUGAUUCUGUACAGACUGAUGGAGCUGACAAACUCCUGAUUUCUGCUGCUUUACAACAAUCUGCUCACAGUCAAUAAACACACUUCUACCUGAGCUUUCAACCAUUUUCAUACAUUUAGUGAAAAAAUAAAUAUACAUAUAUAA